CGGAAGUGUACAGCCAGCACUUCUGUCCACAUACCCAUACGCAGGCAGCAGGGUUAUCCAGUACACUCCAGAAAGACCGUAAACAUCCUGCCCGGUGACAGCUGGACACCAUGAUCAAGCGCAAACUAAGUUUUAAAUGGUUUGGCAGUCUUUCCAACCUCUCUUUUCGGCGCAAAUCUGAUGCUGGGAAGGAUGGCGCACAAAAAGAUGACGCCACUGAGCAUCCUUCAGCCGGCGAAAUGUCCAUUGAUGACAUGGACGCUCGCCCUCGCUGCCCCAGCUACGUCCGCUCCAGCGACAUGUACACACACAUGGGAACCAUGCCCCGUCACCAGAAGCAGAAGGAGAAGAGCAACAAAGCUAAGGGGCAAGAGCAGAGGAGUGUUAAGGUUAAAUCAAAAACCAAAAACAGCCACCUGAGCCGAAGCCAAAGCAUGAAACCUUCAGUGGAUUAUGUGUGUGAAUCUCCUCUGCUGAGUGCUCUUUCAGGGAAGGAUUUCUCAACCCUGGAAAGGACCACCGUAAACCCCAAGCCCACAGCAAGUGACCCUGAAGAAAAUAAAGCCAAGAAUAUCUCUGGUCCAGCUGUUGAGUCGACCAGUGAAGUCUCCAAGGACCAACCUAUACAGGCACAAGAACCUACUCAAGUCAAAGAACCUCAAGCUGUGGCCACUGGUCAAUGUCUCACAGAUCCAUCCACUGGAACUUCAAAGCCUUCAGGAGAUCCACAUAUACCACAGGAUGUACCUCUGAACAUAGAAUCUAAAGAUAAACCAGCUUUGCCUACAAAGCGGGCCUCCAAAAAGGAUGGAAAGUCUGUGGCUCCCCAGAAGAGUCUCAGUGCUGUGCCUGAGAACACAGAAACCUUGCCAAAAGUAGAGGGUUGUGAAGAAAAAAUAAGUUCGAGAUUUGACAAAGCAGAGAAAAGUGAAAGUCAAACAGGCACCACCAACAACCAUGGAGAGUACGUGGAGUUCUCCAAGGAGAAGUACCUGCUGGAGUCUCCACCGGAGAAGCUGCGGAAGGAACUGGAGGAGGAGCUCAAACUCAGCAGCAGUGACAUGAGGAGCCACGGCUGGUACCAUGGCCACAUCCCACGAGAGGUGUCUGAGACGCUGGUGUUGCGGAGUGGAGAUUUCCUGGUGCGCGACUCUCUGGCCAACAUGGGUGAUUAUGUGAUCACCUGCCGUUGGCAGCAGGAAGUGGUCCACUGUCGUAUCAGUAAGGUCCUGGUGAAAAGUGGACAAACGCGGGUCCAGUAUCUCCUGGAGCACGAGCCGUUUGACUCGGUGCCCACACUGGUCCGGCACCAUGCUGGCACCGGCCGGCCCGUGUGCCCGCGCACCAGCGCCCAGCUGCUUUGCCCGGUGAACCGUACGCUGCCCCUCAGGUACCUGGAGGCCACUUUUGCUCUGGCCAGCGGCAGGUCAGGAUCUGCACAUUCACCCUCUAGCCCCAGGGGGGCGCACAUCAAAAGACGCAGUGUCACCAUGACCGAUGGACUGACCACAGAGAAGAUCAUACCACACAGCCCCUCCACUGUUCACCAUAAGGAUGCCAUGAGGAACUGCGCUCUCAGCAUGGAUCAGAUACAGGAAUUCCGCUGCCCCCUUAGCCCUGUGGGGGAAACCCCUCUGUCACCUGCGUACAGCUCCAUUUCUCGUCACAGACAUGGCUCAGGUGGGCGUGUCUUAGCUGUAAUCCCGCCCUCCCCAGUGAUGCGUCGCUCCAGUGAGCCCCACCUUUCCCCGUCCUCCUCUAACAACAACCUGCCCUGCUCAGACACGCCCCCUGCCCACGCCCAGUCUACACCCGCCCACAGUUACCCCUCAGACGGCUCAGAGGUGGGGGGUAGUUAUUGUGAGCUCCGCCCUGGCCCACCCCCAACCCCGCCCUGUAAGAGCUAUGUGGAGAGGCUGAGAGUGGAGGAGUGCAGACCUCCAGGUUCCACCCCUCCAGACAGUGGAGAGGGCUUCACGCUCCCACUGGUGGAGACCAUGUCCUCCUUCAGGCCGGGCAAGUACCAGUCCGCACUGCUUCCAUCUGAGAACAAACCCUUGGAGAUGGGGGUGUUAAAGAGGGUGAAGGAGCUGCUGGCAGAGGUGGACCCCAAAACGGCGGCUAAACACAUCACGAAGGUCGACUGCACGGUUGCUAGGAUACUGGGCGUUACCAAGGAGAUGCAGAGGAUGAUGGGAGUGGGCUCGGGGCUGGAGUUGCUGACUCUGCCACAUGGCCAUCAGCUGAGACUGGAUCUGCUCGAGAGGUUUUACACCAUGUCAAUAAUGAUGGCCGUUGACCUGCUGGGCUGUACGGGGAGUACAGAAGAGAGAGCCGCCCUGCUGUAUAAAACCAUCCAACUGGCUGCCGAGCUCAAGAGCACCAUGGGAAACAUGUUUGGCUUUGCUGCCAUCAUGAGGGCCCUAGAAUUACCACAGAUCGCACGGCUGGAGCAAACGUGGAUGACGCUGAGACAGAGACACACAGAGGGAGCCAUACUGUACGAGAAGAAGCUCAAACCCUUCAUGAAAGCCAUGAAUGAAGGAAAAGAGAGUUCUGUCCUGUCCAGUACCUGUUUCCCCCAUGUUGUUCCAUUGCUGUCUCUGCUGGAGAGGGGUGUGGCCGUGGGGGAGGGGCUUGAGCCCUGGGAGAGCUCUGAGUGUGGAGUGGAUGUGGUCAUGAGCCACCUAGAAGCCGCACGCAGCAUUGCACACCAUGGGGGCCUGUACCGCACCAACGCUGAGAGCAAGCUACAGGACUUCCAGGAGAGGGAAGAGGUGCUAGAGAUUUUCUGUACCGAGUUCCAGAUGAGGCUGCUCUGGGGCAGCAGAGGCUCGGAGGGCAGCCAGGCCGAGCGCUACGAGAAGUUUGACAAAGUCCUCACAGCCCUCUCUCACAAGCUGGAGCCUCCUGUACGCCACAGCGAGUUAUAGCACCCCCCCCAUCCAUGUAUGGUACGAUCCAUCACCUCACUGUUACCCCAAACCUGGGAGAGACCAUUAUAAGGACACAGGGGAGGACGGAGACACAGGAGGUUCACGUUAAAUCCCAAAAAAACUAAAAGGCACAAAAGAGGGCGGACUUUAUCCAGGCAUGACUGCACCCUGCCCCCCCACAGGACAGCUGAGAACUACAGCUGGAGUGCAUUUUUUUAAAAGUCUGAAGCCAAAUCACCUUCUCUCACUUCAGGAAAGAGGAGGAUGAGGAAAAAAAAA